UGUGAUAGUUACACCCUCUCAACACAUAUGUAAUCAACCAUGAAGGAUAGGGCGUCAGAUCCCCUGAAAGUCGAUCCACUAAAAGCUAUAUCACUUUCUUCACCAACUAGAAUUCGACAUCAAACUGCGUCUUUCAAGCUACUUACGAAGCCUCAAUGCUCCUCAACCAAAAAACAUACAAAUGUCAAACAUUCAACACGCAUUUACGUUGAGGGCGGAAGCGUUCACCCCAAGCCGAGGUGUGUGAGAAGAGAUGGAUGUCUUCUCAAUUAA